ACAAUAUGCAUGUCUUUUAUACUUGCUUAAAAACAGGAGAAAUAAUCUGGCACUGGAACAUGAUCUUUAUCUCCACAUUUUAUCCUUAACAAACAUGCCACAUAAGCUAUGUUCCACUUAUCAAACAUUAAUUAUCUGUGUGUCUGAAAUUUUUGACAUUUAAUUACAGGUUGAAAUAUAUUAUCAAAAAAAAAUGUGGAGAUUGAAGAUUGCAGAAGGAGUUGACAGUGCUUACCUGUACAGCACAAACAAAUACGUGGGCAGACAAAUCUGGGAAUUCGACCCUAAUUACGGCUCUCCGGAGCUCCGGCAAGAGGUUGACAAAGCCCGCCAAGACUUUUGGGACAACCGCCACCAUGUUAAGCCCAGCAGCGAUCUCCUCUGGCGGAUUCAGUUCCUGCAUGAGAACAAAUUCAAACAGACAAUACCUCAAGUAAAGGUGGCUGACGGUGAAGACAUAACCUACGAGACUGCCACCGCCACUCUCCGGCGAGCGGUUCACUUCUUCUCCGCCUUGCAAGCAAGUGACGGCCACUGGCCUGCAGAAAAUGCCGGCCCACUAUUCUUUCUUCCACCUCUGGUGAUGAUACUGUACAUCACAGGGCAUCUCAACACAGUCUUCUCAGCAGAACACCGUCGAGAAAUUCUCCGUUACAUAUACUGUCAUCAGAACGAAGACGGUGGAUGGGGAUUUCACAUAGAAGGCCACAGCACAAUGUUCUGCACAGCCCUCAGUUACAUUUGUAUGCGUAUACUCGGUGAAGGUCCUGACGAAAAUGCCUGCUCCAGAGCAAGAAAAUGGAUACUCGAUCACGGCACUGUCAAAGCAAUCCCUUCUUGGGGGAAAACAUGGCUUUCGAUACUAGGAGUAUUUGAAUGGUCAGGUAGCAAUCCAAUGCCGCCCGAGUUUUGGCUUCUUCCGUCUUUUCUCCCUAUGCAUCCAGCGAAAAUGUGGUGCUACUGUCGAAUGGUCUACAUGCCAAUGUCGUAUUUAUACGGGAAACGAUUUGUGGGUCCGAUUACUCCUCUAAUCCUACAAUUAAGAGAAGAGUUAUACGAUCAACCCUACGAAGAAGUUAACUGGAAAAGUAUAAGACAUUUAUGUGCAAAGGAGGAUCUCUAUUACCCUCAUCCAUUAUUACAAGAUUUGAUGUGGGACACUUGUUACGUAUUAACCGAGCCAUUAUUGACUCGUUGGCCACUCAACAAGCUACGAGAGAAAGCCUUAAAAGUCACAAUGGAACACAUUCAUUAUGAAGAUGAAAACAGCAGAUAUAUAACUAUAGGAUGCGUGGAGAAGGUUCUAUGCAUGCUUGCGUGUUGGGUAGAAGAUCCGAACGGAGACUAUUUCAAGAAACAUCUCGCUAGAAUCCCCGAUUAUUUGUGGGUUGCCGAAGAUGGCAUGAAAAUGCAGAGUUUCGGGAGUCAACAGUGGGAUACAGGUUUCGCUAUACAGGCUUUGCUGGAUAGUGAUAUGAGCGAGGAAAUAGGCGAAACGUUAAAGAAAGGGCACGACUUUGUAAAGAAGUCUCAGGUGAAAGAAGAUCCUUCCGGAGACUUCCGGAGCAUGUACAGACAUAUUUCUAAAGGGUCGUGGACGUUUUCCGACCAAGAUCACGGGUGGCAAGUUUCGGAUUGUACUGCAGAAGGAUUGAAGUGUUGCCUACUCUUCUCUAUGAUGCCACCCGAACUAGUUGGAGAGAAAAUGCAACCUCAGGAUCUCUACAAUGCUGUCAACAUAUUGCUUUAUUUGCAGAGCAAAAACGGCGGUUUAGCUGCAUGGGAGCCAGCAGGAUCAUCGGAGUGGUUGGAGUUACUAAACCCUACAGAAUUCUUCGCAGACAUAGUCAUCGAGCACGAAUACGUGGAGUGCACUUCAUCAGCAAUCCAAGCCCUAGUUCUGUUCAAGAAACUACACCCACACCACCGAAAGAAAGAGAUCGAAACCUUUAUUACAAAGGCUGCAGGCUACCUUGAGGAUGUCCAAAAACCUGAUGGUUCAUGGUAUGGAAAUUGGGGGGUUUGUUUUACAUACGGUUCUUGGUUUGCACUUGGAGGGCUUGCAGCAGCUGGUAAAAGCUACAACAACUGUGAAGCUGUAAGAAAAUCAGUUAAUUUUCUCCUAAAUUCACAAAGGGAUGAUGGUGGCUGGGGUGAAAGUUACCUCUCCUGCCCUAAGAAGGAAUAUGUACCGUUGGAAGGGAAUCGUUCAAAUUUGGUUCAUACUUCAUGGGCAAUGAUGGGUCUUAUUCAUGCUGGCCAGGCUGAUAGGGACCCCACACCUCUCCACCGUGCAGCAAAGCUUCUAAUCAACUCUCAACUCCAAGAUGGUGAUUUUCCCCAACAGGAAAUUACUGGGGUUUUCAUGAAGAACUGCAUGCUACACUAUGCAGCAUACAGAAAUAUAUAUCCAUUGUGGGCUUUAGCAGAAUAUAGAAAGCGUGUUCCACUACCAUCAGCAAUCAUGUAAAAGCGUGUUACAUGAUUAUUAUUAUUAUUAUUAUUAUUAUUAUUGGUUUAUUUUUGUGAUUUGUAAUAUCUUUCUUCUUUCCAUAAUAAUAUGUAAUCAUUUAUAAUCCAUGUAUGUUGUACAAUAUGAAUAUAAAAGAAAAUCAAUUUUCUUA